UGACCGGCCACAGUUUGUAGGAAACACGGUGUCGUUUAUCAUCAUUUUACGUUUAAGAUAAUCGACAAAAAAAAAAAAAAAAUGCCAGAUAAUCAAAGAAUAUCUCCACCCGAACACUCCAGAUCGUUUCUAAUCGAAGACAUAUUAUUCAGAUCAAAGAACAACAGACCAAAUGCCCAGGUAAUUUUUAUUGUUAAACAAAAAAAACUAUUAUAUAAUUUAAUGUAAACAUAAUAAUAUUUCUUAUAGGUACCUAGUAAUAAUUAUUAUUACAUAGGUUAUUACCUAUAAGAAAUAUUUUUAAAUAACAUAGUUGAUAUUUAAGUACUAAAAUACAUUUUUUUAUUCUAAAAUAUAAUAUAGUAUUAUUAUUAAACUCUAUAGUAUUUUCAUUUUCUGAACGACGAAUUCACCGAAAUUGUAUAUUUGCCAUUGUCCAUUUAAAUGAUAUAUAGGUAAAAUAACCAAAAAAAAAAUGUUUAAAAUUUUAUAAAACAAUUUUUGACAAAGGAUUUUCAAAAUUAUUUAAACUUCAUUGUUGGAUUAGAUAGGUAGGAAUAGGUAGUAAAUAUUAAAUUUUCAGAUCCCAAAAACGAAAAUUAUAAAAGUAAUUUAUCAAAUAAAUAUCAGAAAACCCCUAAAAUAUAUAUUAAAAAUUUUAAAUUAUUUUUUUGAAAACGGUAUAAUAUUGAUGCAUCAUUACAUUUAAUAUUUGUUGGAAAUUUAAGUUUCUAUAGAAUGAGUCAGUGUUGGCCUGACAUACUGGAGGCCUUUGAGAGCAUUAUUUUUCAAGGGCCCCGUGGAUGGAAAAAAAUCCAUAAAAACCAGUGCAAUAUUGGGCCAAAAGUCGAUAAUAUUUCUAAAAAUAACAACAGAUUUUGUAACGACGAGGUUAUAGACUGAUGGAGUAGGUUAGGGUUAUAGAUAGGCAAUUUAUUGUCCGUCCCUACUCCUCUGAUUUAAACGUUAAACUGUUAUAAGUUAUAACUCAUAAACGGUAAAUCUGAUAUUAGUGUUAUGCAUAUCAACAUUUUUAGAAAAAUCUUCUCAAUUCAAAUCUGGGUGCAAAAAGGGGAUUCCUAAUAGAAAAUCAAAAGUAUGUGCUUAUUAAUAGGUUAAAAAUGAUUUUAAAAUAAAGCUUAACGAUUCCAUGAUGGUUAGAAAAAACAGAAAUGAAAUUCACUUAAAAUCUUCCGAGAUAAUUGCUGAUUCAUGAUAAAAAAAUCACCCUUUAUAAUAAUAAUAUACUUAAUAUGCUAUGUUUACAAAAGCGAUUUUUAACGACAUUUAAUUUUUGAUUAAUUUGUGUAUUUAUUUAUUCACGUGUACAAUUAUUAAUACAAAAUUAUUAUAUUUUAUUAUUUUGUACUGCAGUCUGAAAUAGACAACUUAGGUUUAAACAACAUUAUGUAUACCUAAGUAUUUAAAAUCUCUGUACAAAAAAACAGCCAUUAGGUAGUUAAAUGACGUUAUUUUAUAGAUCUUAGAGCCUAAAAGGCUCCUAGACACUAACACGACUGGAAGCCCCGAUCGCAUUUGCGGCCUAGUGGCCAUGCUCAAGCCAAAACUGAGAAUGACUUCUCUUGAGUAGAAAUUAUACUCAAUUUUCCACUAGUAGGGCAUAUGGGAAAAUCGGAUUACUCCUUCUACCAAUACUGUUCAGGUUUAAAUACACAUUUAGUAGGAGUAGGUAACUAAAUAAAAAAAUAAUGCUGAAAUAGUGCUGUAACUGAGAGGGAAUUAUAAGUGGAUCACCCUCCUCUUAAGUAUUUUUUAGUGAUAAUUUUUUAAACAUAGUUCUAAUCUAUAGAUAAUAAAAUAAAAUAGUAUAUUUUAUACCCGUGGUGUAUUAUUAUUUUUAAACCAUCCCCGCCUUGAUUGAACUUCAGCUACGUCACUGCAUGCAUCAUUAUGAAACCGAUACUUAUUUUUCCGUUUCGCUCAGAAUCUAAAUUAUUACGGUAAAAACGAAUACACACAUUCGGACAAAGAUAUUUGGGACAAAGUCCUAAAAUAUAAAAAAGGAUUGAUUUAAAUAAUAAAAAGUUGGAAAGAUAGGAUAUAUAAGGUUAUUUAAUUUAUAUCUGUAAGCAACGUAAACCAAAUGCAUUGCUAACAAAAUAUGAUUCUGAGCGAAGUUCAAUUAUAUAUGUUUUUAAAUUUCGUAAGUUUUGAAUUUCGCCAAAAUUUGAUCUUAAUAGUCCUUUAAAAAAAGAACUUCUACAAGUUAUCAAUUUUUUUUUUACCACAUAGUACAACUUAUAAUAAAUCUCGUAUUCAAUUUUCAAAUAUUUAAUCUCGUAUUCAAUUUUCAAAUAUUUUUAUUUUUUACCACAUAGUACAACUUAUAAUAAAUCUCGUAUUCAAUUUUCAAAUAUUUUUAUUUGAUCAAACAAUUUCAUACACAUUAUACCAUAUAGUAUACCUAUUAAAUAAAAUCUCUAUAAUAUAAAAUACCUAUAAAUAGCCCAAAAAUCGCCAGAAUUUUUUUAAUUUAACUACGUCUAGAAAUGGCUAGUACAAUUAUUAUGUGACAAUGUCAGGUCUAUACAGAUGUUUCUUACUAAACAACAACAAAAAAAUAAAAUUUAAAAUAAUAAACCAUUCUUACCAUAAAAUUUCCUGGUUUUGUCUAUUUAUUAAGAAAACUACACGGAAUAUCAAAAAACCUCUUUAAAACUCACAAAUUAACUAAAAUUUUCUUUCGGAAAAGAUGUUAUUCUUGAAAUUUAGAAGAAUAUUUCUGGUAGAAAAGAAAAUUUUAAAAUUGGAAAAUAUACAAUUUUUAAUGCCGUAAAUUUGUAUGUUUUUAUUUAACCUCUUUUUCCCUGAUUAUUGUGAAAACUGAUAGGAAAAUCAAACACAACUUUUUACUCUCCGACUAGAUCCGAAAUUCAACAAAAAAUGUCUCAUGGUAUUUUUUGAUUAGAGCAAGAUUCCUAGUAGAAGCCUAUACAUCAUAGUAAAACGAAUUCAUUCCUUACUCAACUGAGAAUCUACAAUAAAAACAUAAAUCAUAUUCGUGAAUUUAGGUACCUAAUUGAAGGUUUUUUUUUGUAAAAUCAUGGAAUUUGAGCAUAGAAGUUAUUGUGAUAGGGACGAUGGAAUUGAAAGUUGAAAACCCCCAAAAGACACAUCCUUCUUAAUUCAUGUACACAAUUGCAUCCCCUCGAUUUUUAACCGUGAAUCAAAAUAAAAUAUUGUAACGACAAUCACGGUUGUUACACGUGAAUACAUGAUUGUUAUUUUAUAAGCAUGAUUGCAAAUAUAAAAUGUUUGUAGGAUAAAGUUAUAGACAUAAAUAGAAAGGUCUAAAAGUUAAAAUAAUAGUUAAAUAAUAAAAGUUAAAAUAAGUUGUCAUACUUCCAUUCAUCUCAACCCUCUAUUUCGGAGAACGAGAAAAACCGGCAUUAGUAUUUGUAUUAAUAAUAUAAAUUAAUAAUAAUUUAUAUGCACAGCAGUAAUAACAAUGAUAAAUCAUAACAUUUGAAAAACAAUUCUAAUGUUUUCUGUGUAAUUAAUUAGCCUAAUUAUAUGUCAAGACAUUCGUGACAGUCGAUUUUAUAUUCCUAUUUUUUAGAAAAUUUGUGUGUGGUGGUGAGACAUACACAAAUUGCUAUGACUGCACCUAAUCAAACAAAGAGAAAACACCAAUUUAAAAUGCAUCUUUAAUCUCUAAAAUAGCUGAUACUGAGGAUGGGAGCGGCCACUGUUGUAGGUGAGAAGUUAGGAAGGUAGGAUACACACGGUUAUUUCAUUUAUAUCUGUAAGCAACGAUAAACUAUUGCUGACGAAAGACGAUUCGAGCGCAGUUCGGUAAUACAUAAUUUGAAGUGCGUUAAUUUUUUUUUGCGAUUUUCGUUUAAAUUUGAUUUCAAAACGCUUAUUAGAAAAAAAACAACCUGCAUCAUUAAAAACGAGAUUAAUAAUUCAACAAAAAAGAUCUCUUGUCGUUUUUCAAUUGGAGCCAUAUUUAUGCUAGAAAACGUGGUAAGUACUUAUUUAAAAUAACAAAAUCGUGAAAUAAUAUUUUUUUCCUCGAUCAAUCGUUUUUAUUUUAAAUAACGUUUCGAAAAUCAAAAAAUAACCUAUGUAUUUACCAAGUAGAUAAAAUUAACUUUCAAAAAAGAUACCACACUUAUAUAUAGGAGCAAGUUUUCUAGAGUGAAAGUGGUCUAUAAUAUAAAAAAAAAGUACCAUUAUAAAAAAAAGAAAAAAAGUCGUCCGAUGAUUUUAGAAAUUUUACCACAUCUAGGUAAAUCCAAUCAGUAUUAUUACCAAGUUUCAAGUCUCUAAGUGUGUUUAUAACCGAAUUACAGCAAAGAAAACUCCCAAAAAUUAGGAAUUCCUUAAAAACUCAAGUGACUCAAAAGUUUUGGCGAUAAUACAGUAAGAAAGUAAUUCAAAAAGUCAACAAAAAAGGUACCUUGUAAUUUUUCGAUUAUAUCGUUUUUUUUUCUGGUAGAAAACGUCGUCCGUAAAAUUAUACGUUUUCCUACGUUUUAUCCAACUAAAGUGCUUUUAUUUAAAAAAUAGCGUCGAAAUUUAAAAAAUGACCUCUUUAAAGUACAAUCUAGACAAUGUAAGCUUUCAUAAAAAUUGCUACACUUAUACAUCAGAACAAAUUUAUUAGGACAAAACGUGUCCACAGACUAGAACAAAGAAAGAAAAUAAAUAAUUGUUAAACCAGUAGCUCCAUCACUACGCUCGGAAUCUAAAACUAUUAUUGCUCGAUUAGAGUUAAAAUAAUAAUAGAAAUAAUAUAAGUUGUCGUAGUAAACAUAAACAAAUCACUUAUGAAACUACCCCAAUUAUAUUAUAAAUUCGCGUAGAUUAAAAUCACGUAAUAUUCAUUUUUUUUUUUUUUUUAUCUAACUUCUAAAAAUUAUUUUAAAGAUUUCAUAAGAAAUAAAGUAAAUUACAUUGAUUACUAUAAUGUCCAUAUAAUUAUAGACAGAUACCGAACAUGUUUACAAUUCAAUCGUUAAUCGGGAAUUGAUUCUUGAAUCUUAGCAAGUAUUUUAGUAAGUUUGUAUUAUUUGGAUUUUAUUAAUAUGUACGUAAGGUGUCGAUAACAAUAAGGUGGUUGUAGCCUGCAGUUAUCACGAUUAAUCUAAAUUGAAAAUAUACCUCCAUAGUCAAUCGUGUUCUUUGAUCACGUCCUAUAUAAACGAAAUGAAAUUAACUUUGUCUAGUUUUUUUAAUUCCAUACAUAACCCAUGCUUAAUAUAGCCUGAAAGCACAAUAUAAAGUUUCAGGUAACCAAUCAAGAAAGAACUCGGAACCAACAGCCACAAAGCAGUCCAGAAUGCUAUCCAAUGUUACCAUCAGCAGUGGCGUCCGCGUAUUUGUCGUAUCCAGCGAACUACAUGCAAAACAAUUCUAUUGCAGAGCCUUUUUUCAUCACGCCCCAAGGUAAUUUUACAGCGGUUAUAAAAAUAUAAGAAAUAGUUUAGAUUAUUAUAAAUUGAUACGCUAAUUUAAAAAUAAGACGAAUCCGAGAAAAAAGGAAUAAAACUAAUGUUCAUUUAAGUAUUUAAAUAAGUGAUAAACUACUAAACGCACAUAAGAGUAAAAUACAAAUUCCUAUCUUUAUAUUCAAAUCUCUAAAUAAAAUAUUAAGUUACUACAAAUUUUUCCAAUUUUUUUUUUUUUUUGAUUUACAUCAUAACAUCAUGAUACUGCGAUAAAAAUUAAGUUUUUCUAAAUAAAUUAUACAUGCGACUAACGAAUAUUAUGUUUUAUCGAUGACUAUGGAAGUUUACUCAUCAAAAUCCAGUUAUAGGUAGCAACUUUUUAUUUUUUGUAGUAGAUGCAAUAUUCGAAUGAUAUUAAUGUUGAUAAUAUUCUUUUAGGGGUUCCGUUCGGAAGUAUUUGGGGCGUCCGUUCGGACUACGGACACGGGCAAUUAAGCUCUAGACUAUGUCGCAGGCGGAAAGCACGGACUGUUUUUUCCGAUCAACAACUUACAGGACUAGAAAAAAGAUUUGAAGUACAACGGUAUCUAAGCACACCGGAGAGAGUCGAACUAGCUACAGAACUACGAUUAUCCGAAACGCAGGCUAGUACAUUAAUCUGUCUAUAAUUUAUUCUACUUCUUCCUAUUCGUCUUUAUGCUACAAAGGUAGGAUCAGCUACUUUUAUUUUUACCCUCCACACCUCCAAAUCCAUCACCAUUUUCUUGUUCAUUCCAAGUCUUCACACUCAUACUCAUAUAUCAUCCCAAAUAACCUCUAUAGGUUAAUACCUAUAUAGUCCAUCCCGCAUUAAAAUAAUUCCCAUGCUAUAUUGGCAACUGUAAAUUCUAAAAAUUCCGUUUAUAGGUCAAAACAUGGUUUCAAAACCGAAGAAUGAAACAUAAAAAACAAUUGAGAAAAGCUAACGACGACACAACGGUUAUUGGAUUCGAAAAAUCCACAGAUAACACAGCUAAUAAAUCACUAAAUACAGGUAUGAUACACGCAACUAGAUCAAAUUUUAACUUGUAAGUUUCCGAUUGAUAAUUUAAUGAAUAAUAAUAAUAUUUCAGAUUAUCCUGUGGACUUUUCGUCUAAAAGCUCGGUUUGCGGUUUACAGCCAGGUGCAAGUGUCCACCAGGAGUCCAAGAAUUCAACUCGACCGUGUGGCUCGCUCAACGGCGACAGCGAACGGAAUCAGCGGUAUGCAGCUUCCGAAGUUUCCGAAGCAGACGACAACGAUGACGUUGACGGUACCGACGACGAGAUCAUAGAUAUUGUUGGCGAUCAUUCACAAAAUAGUGUGCAGCGUAAUUACUAACAGCGAACAUUUUUCUAAUCAAAAGAAUAAAACCCCUUUGCAUU